AGCCAACUGAAAAGUCUUUUUGAGUUAAUUGGACACAGAAUGCAUAUUAGAAUGAAAGAAAAUAAAGGCCAAGUUUAGGAGUCAUUGUAAUUCUAAAGUUUCUCGCUGGGGCUUCAAGGCAUUUUAUUUUAAAUCCUAAACGGUUUCAAGCACACAACAAAAUGGUCAUAAAGUGGAAUGGAAACUAGGUGAAUAACGUAAAUUGCCAAUGUGUCAUAAACAUUUCCACAUGGUGCAAAAAUAUCUGACCCAGAAAGACUAGACUUGUGAAAGGAAUAGGAGGGUAUGCCUGUAUUCUGAUGAAAGUGCAUGAAUGAAUUACCUCUCAGUUAAAUUGGCCUUGUGUGACUACAAUGAGCUGUGCAAACAGGGUAGCAUAAACAAUGCAAGUUUUGAAAGGUGUGUAGACAGUGUGAAAGUGCAACUAGGCUUCAUAGGAUAUCUGUUAUGGAAACAAAAGGCAUGUUUCCUUUUGGUCAGUAGAGUAUGAAUUCUUAGUGUUGUUAAUUUCUCAACUCCAUAAUUUUAAUUUUAAAACAGUGGGAUGUCAAUCAUAGCAAACAAAAUAUGACAUUUUAUAGUUGUGCUUGUUAAGAAAACAAUGAGUAUACUUUUUUAAAAAAAUGCUCUGUAAAAGAUAAAUAGGGCUUUUAUUAAAAAGGAAUAGGUGUUUACACAAAAUUUGUCACUGUAAAAAUUACUGUUAGUGUUAUGGUAAUAGUAAUCACUGUAAAAAUUUGUUUAUAUGAAAAAUUAGUAAUUGAACAUGCAAUAUUAGGGACAACAAAAAUAUAAAAGUUUUGCUUUAACAUGCUGUAUCAAACAGUAGAAUACUGUGACAGGCUAUACCUAGAGAUGUAGACUAUAAUGUUAAAGAAAUUGUUUUAACCUUUUUGUACCUAAAUUAUGCCAUUAUCAUGCAUUUUUCCAAUGAUCUUGCUUUUUUAUUAUAUUUUUUAUUUUAGGUGGCAUAACUCAAGCAGAUACAUCCACUAGAGUACUAGCUCCUUACAGUAGUGUUAUGCUGGAAUCAAAUCUGUUCAACUGAACUUAUCUAUCUCACGCCCUGUCUUCUUUGCAACUGUGAUUUGCAUAGGACAUACACAGGCUUCCCACAAAUUGAUGGAGAGUUUUGUUUGAGUUUAUUCAGAAACAGUCUAAUCAAGUAUCUUUGCAUAGUACUUUGAGGCUACUAGCCAACCUUACCAUACAGCACAAUGCCUCUGUUUGGAACUAGGACCAAAAGCCCUCAGGAACUUGUUCGGUCAUUGAAGGAAAAUCUGGUGCAACUACCCAAUUUGAAAGAGAAGGAGUAUAAGAAGGUGAGGUGAUAUUUUAAAGUUAUUUAUUGGAUGAAAUAAAUCUAAUGUCUUUUCUUUCAAUAGCAAAAAUUUUUUUUAUUGUGGACUGGGAGUAAGGGGUAAAGAAUUAUUGCGAAAAAUGUAUGUUUAGUAUUGAAAAAUAAUAAUAUUUUUAUUUUCUGGAAAGAAAAAAAUGUGAAAUCCAGUAUCAUUAAUGGUCUUUGUUGAAGCUGAUGCAACUUAACUACCCUACAGGGGAUGCUGCUGGUAAAUGUAACUCUAAUGUCCUAAUUAUAAGCAUGGGGAAAGUGUCCAUAAUGUUACUACACACACUAAACACCACACCCGUCCCCACAAAUAAAUAAAUCUGGAUUAUUUGAAUUUCUUCUUACAAUGUUUUUAUAAAAUUCAAUGGAUGAUGCACAAGCCACUUAGCACAUGCUCACACAAAUGUGUCCGAUUAAUAUUGUAAAAAAAUCAAAGUGUCAAAAAGUGGAAUGGUGUGGUAUAUCCCAAUAGUUUGAGACAUUUCAAUACAUGACUAGGUAAAAAAAAAAAUAAACAGGAAAGUAUAUACAAGAAUGGUUACAUUAUAAUUAUAGUAAUCUAUUUAAACCUAGGCAAGUCUGGAGAAAAGAGACCUGUUAUUUUUGUUGUGCAACUUGUCAUUUUGCAAUUAAGAGUGCGGCAGAAAAUAAUAAAUAUGGACUAUUUAGGAUCUUGCUUAUAUCUAAUUCGGUACAAAUGUGUUAUAAUCUCAUUAUCCAUUGAUUAAUCUUUGCAAUUCUAAAUUUAAAAUUUAACAUAAUGGUUUACCUUGAAUUUAAAUCUUCACACACUCUAAACUGUACAAAUUACAGUUAUUUCUACAGCAAGUGAAAGAUUGUGAUUUUUAACUAAUUUAAAUAAAUAAUGAGAAAUAUGUAACUAACUGCCUGCCAUAAAGUAUUGAUUUUUGUUUUUAAGAGUUGUUGUCCCAAAUAUUGUCAUUUCCAUGACACUUAUUGUUCAUUCCUUCUCACCCAUUAUUUUAUGAUUUUUUUUUACAAUACAUUUUUAAAAAAAAAGUGAAUUCAGGAUAUUAACCAUUGUUAUGAUGUUUAUUAUGGUUUCUACCCAUUUUUUUCUCACACGUUGAUUGAAAUACAUGCAACUAAAAUAAGAUAAAGAGGUCCCAAUAAUCAGGUAUAUUAUGGUAAAAAAUCUGGUUUAAGUAACUGAUCUUUUACAAAUUUGUCAACAUUUUCGAGAGAGCUAUAUAUUUUUUAAUUUUAUGUUUAUUUUGAGGAUCUUACUACAGUGGCAUGCAAUUCAUUUUUGGGAGAAAAUCUGUUUACUUUAAUUAAAUACUAAUAUUUCAGUCAUUGUUAUAAUAAUUUCUAAGAAUUGAACCCCAUGUCUUGAUCAUAUUGGUAAUCACAUCUGUUCCUUACCUUGUCUAAAACUGUCUAUGACAACUAAAAAAUAUUGAUUCCAUAAACUUCUCUGGAAAACAAAUUAAGGUUGAGUACCUCCCUCCUCCCCUUGUUUCAUUUACAAAAUCACUAAUAUGUUGACAUGUCUUGUUUUCCCCGCAGGUGAGUGAGGAAGUGUCUAAAACGCUGCAGUCCAUAAAAACAUUGCUGUAUGGCACAGUGGAUCAAGAGCCAGCAACAGAGCAGGUUGCAAUGCUGUCUACAGAGAUGUACCAGAACAAUACACUGCCCUUGCUUAUACAGAAUUUAGCUCGUGUUGAUUUUGAGGUCAGUCACUGGGGCUCAACAAAAACAUCUUACAUAGUUCAAAUUUUAAAAAUUUCCUUUCAUAACUUUAUUUACAGACCUUUAAAGAAAGUAUAGCAAAAAUUUAACCGCCACCAAUUUGCUUAAAAAUCUGCGAGAAGUAUCGAGAAUCCCAUAUUAUUAUUAUUGCCAGGGUGCUUUUCCUAGACUUCUCAUCAGCAUUUAACACUAUCCAACCAUACCUUAUGAUUAAAAGCUUUAUUCCUUAGGUGUAAAUUCAAAUAAUCAAGCAUAGAUAUUUAACUUUUUAAUAAAUCGCCCACAAUAUGUCAAAAGGAAUGAGCAAGUAACAUUAUAUAGAAUAAUAAGUACUGGAGCACCACAAGGUUGUGUUCUCUCCCCUGUCCUGUUUAAAAUUAGAUUAGAUUCUUUUAUUGAUCCAAACAAAUGGAAACUUUUUUUGAUUGCAUUGCACAUUUUCAGCACAUAAAUAAAACAAUUUGAACACAAGACAUCUACAUUAAAUCAUUAAAUCAGAUCAGGGACUUAUUAGUUCUCAUAUAUAUUAGUGACUUCUGGGGGAGAACGCUAGUAAAUGCUGGUAAAUUUGUACAGAUAUACACUAUAUACCAAUGAUAUGUAGUAUCAUAGAGCCCUAGCAACACCAUUCCAGUCACUAAAUUUGUUGAUGAUACCACUAGCAUUGACUUAAUAUCUGAAUGGGAAAGCUUAUACUGCAACCUAGUUACAGGCUUUAUCAGACAUUGCGAUGAGAAAUUUAUUAAGAUGAAUGUCUCAAAAAUAAAUGAAAUGGUUGUGCAGAUCUCACAAUAAAUAAUCUAAGUAUAGAGCUAAUAGAGACAUUUAAAUAAUAAGCUGAUAUGGCGUGAACAAGGCCAAAUUAAGUAUAAAAAUGUCUACCAUGUCCAUCUUAAAAACUGUAAAAUUUCGUCGUAAACAAACAAGUUAUCAACUUAUUCUAAAGUGCAGCUAUUGGAAGCGUUCUAAACUUCAGUAUUGCCGUUGAUUUGGGAAUUCAUCGUCUGACGUCAAACACAGAUUAAAUAGACUAAUCAAGAAAGCUAGUAAUAUGACACAAACUAAACAUGCUUCACUUGAAGAACUAUUUGAAGAAAACUGCUGUUGUAAAACUAACAAAAUUUUGGAAAUAUCCCACCAACUUCAUCACAGAUAACUAAGAUCAGCUUGGUUAUGGCCUAUUCUUUAAAGUCAGGACCAAAAGAUAUAAAAAUUCCUUUAUUCCCCAGUCUGUAUGAAUUUACCAUCGUGCUAACACUUUGUUUGCAAGGGGGGGGGGGGACCUUUUGAUUUAACAGAUUUUCCUCAGGGUUGCACAUUUGUUUAAAACAAUUCUAAAAUUCUGACAGUUUAUAAAUAGCCUAUCUUAUAAAGCUGUCACCUAUAACUCUGUAAAAUCCUUGAUUUCUAAUUGUUUUCAAAGGCCAUGUCGCUGCAAUGUUGUGUAAAUAUUGUUAUACUGUUGCUUUGUAUUUUCACAAAUGAACUCGCUAGACAUCAUAACAGUCAAACUUUACUCUAGUUACAACUUAAAUUAAGUCCAUCAUUAGCCUUUGUGUUUCUGUGAGUGUGACAUAUGUUGAAAAUAUUAAGUUGCUAAUCCGCUUCAAAAUAUAUAAGUUGCUAAUCCACUUCACAAGGGAGAUAAUGAAACAAGCAAUGGCAACCAUCAAGGUUAGUUCAAUGUUUUAAUUAUUUUAAGAGAACAACAUGGAGUUCUAUCAACAUGGAACAAGGACUGCAUCACAACAUAACCUGAAGUCAAUACACAAUAAAAUAUAUGGUGUGCAAAACAAUGCGCAACAUUCAGUAUUUUGUCAAUUUUCAACAACAUAAUUAUUAUUUUGUUUCGGCUGAACCAAAGAUUAUAUUUACUAUGCAAAUGAGCUGGCGGAUGUAAAAAGGGGCGGGUACCCAUGAUUUUGUGGGGAGGGAAUGAAAAUUCUAAUAUGUACAUGUGUUUGGGGGGUGGGAGGUUUUAAUGUACAGGUGCAGUGGGAGGGUGGGGGUUCGAAACUUAAAAUUUUGUUUGCUUUCAUGACCUUUUACUGAUGUAAAUUUUUCAUUAACUUUUCAUAUUUUUAAAAAAUCUAAAUUUAUUGUUUUUUAAAAAGUCUCAGCUUUAAACAUUUAGUAAAUCUAAUAAUAUCUUUAAAACUGAAAGACCUUCAUUCAAUAUUUUUCAGGGAAGAAAAGAUGUUGUUGCCAUCUUCAACAAUUUGUUACGGCGCCAGAUAGGGACUCGUACCCCAACAGAGGAGUAUAUAUGCUUAAACACGGGUCUACUGAUUGACUUGGUCAAGGGGUGAGUUUCAUUGUGAUGCGCAUACAAAAGGCUGAAAUCUUGUCAUUUAAACAAAUAUGUGGCUAGAAAUGAGACCUAGGGAGAUUACUCUGUUUUUUAAAAUAUUUUUGUUCAUUGGGUGAGGAGUAUUCAUUAUUUUAAAAGUAGAUUUUUUAUUUUAGUGUUAUGAUUAUUAGUAGUCAAGUAAUUUGUCAUAAAUUUGACUUUUACAAAUUCACAUAAGAAAAAAAUUAGAUUAGGAAAUAAUGUUACACAACACAUAAAGUAAAAACCAUUUAUGAAUGCUAAUCAAUCUAUUUCACCUUAUUACUGUAAAAUAGAUUUGUUUUAAUUAUUUUUUUUUUUCAAAACCUUUCUACGGUCAGGGUGGAGCUAAGCCCUUUUGGCUGGGGUUUCCAAGAAUAAAAUUUUGGAGCGCCCUGGAUUGAAUGGGUUAAAUUUACACAACUUUAAUUUUAAAUUGUUUUACUUCUAAACAGUGAUUAAUAACUUUUAGAGAGCCAUAAAUGGAGAGAACAAAAAAUUAUAGUCAUAUUUUUAAAACAAAAUCAUUGCAUUACGCUUUAAAGCAGUGAUUUUCAACCUUCUUUUUCAUCUUAUAAAACUUACACUAAAUUGCUGGUAUUUCCUUGACAUACCAAAAUAUCAUUAAGAAUAAUAAUAUCUGUCUCAGUAAGGAGCAGGCUCAAACCAAAUGUAAAUAUUAAAAUCAUUAAAUUCAAUGGAACAAAAAAUUUUUAUAGUAAGGUUGGCAUAAAUGACGUUGAAUUUUGCUUUGACAUGAGCAGACCUGUUUACCCUCAAACUCUUAAAAUCGUACAACAUCAUCACAAAAUCGUUAAAUACACUAUCUUAAUAGUAAAAAAAUAAACAUGUAUACACCUCAAAAUCGUACAUUGUACGCCAAAAUCGUAAGAGUAAACAGGUCUGCAUGAGAACACUUCAGGGGUGAAGGUGGGGAGUGGUGCACACACUUUUUUUAAACUAACCAAACAGGCAUAUUGUUAUGUAAUGAUAUAAUUAUUGAAUGGUUAAUGUAUGUAAAUCUAUGUAAACUGGAAUAGUGUCUUGUAAUAAUAUAAUUAUUGAAGUCUGUACACUAGACAGAUGUACAAGAAAAUAAUUAUGUUUGCUGUGAAUUGGGGUGGAUGCUCUAAUUAAAGGUUAAAGGUUUGUCUUAAAAUGGGAUGUCUGAAUUUUUAGUUAGAGGGCCUUACAUUCAGGAAGUUUAGCAGGAAGUAAAACUGCCUGGCAUGAUAUUAGACUAAGAUGCCAAUCAAGAAGCUUACGAAUGAAGAGCCAUCACAAAGUCACAAAAGGUUCCCUUGUAGUGUACUUAGAAUCUGUUAAGAAUUACAAAAAGUAUAAGUUAUUCCUAGCUUGUGGCUGUACAAAACAAAAUCAGAAGCGCACUGGAUUUAUUUAACCCUGCUGUCCUUGGUUUGCCAACCAUUGCUUUCAAGCAUAACAUGAUAAAAAGGAUCCAUAACAUUGUGCUCUUAAGUUAUAUUAUUACUUGUUUGACCACUGCAGCUAUGAGAAUCAAGAAAUUGCCCUCAAUUGUGGUAUGAUGCUUCGUGAGUGCUGCAGAUUUGAAAGUCUGGCCAAAGUUUUGUUGUACGCUCCAGAUUUCUACAAAUUCUUUGAGUAUGUGGAGGUGUCGACUUUUGAUAUUGCUUCGGAUGCUUUCUCGACAUUUAAGGUAAAUUACUGUUGAAGGAGAAUUUUCCGCAAUUUCACAAUAAUAAUGGUUAAUUGCAAUGGUCAUGAUUUCCUCUUUUUUUGGGGGGGGGGGGCUGGUUUUUGACUUUAAAUAAGAGGGAACCAUGAAUUAGUUAAAGUUUUUUUUUACAGUGAAAUGGAAACAGGUUUCAUUGUGGCACUAAAAAAACACAUGGGAGUCCCUAUCCUUUGCUUCUUGUAUACUUUUUGGUGUACUUGAUCGCGGUCACCCCAUUGUUAUUCAUUGAAAAUGUGGCUUAAUAGUGGCCCAUAUACUGCUGUACAGUGUUUAAAAGCAGGGUUAAUAAUGGUUUAUCUAAGCGAGGUCUUCUUUAGAGUACCAAUGUUAAUUGAUUUCACAAGAGAUUUUUAUUUUUCAUUUAAAUUCUACUCAGUAGUUCUUGUGUUCUUAAGAGAUGCAUCAACAAAUUGUUGUCUUUUUCCUUUUGUUACAGGAACUAUUGACCAAACAUUUGUUUCCCUUAUUUUACAGGAACUAUUGACCAAACAUAAAAUGUUGUCCGCUGAGUUUCUGGAACACAAUUAUGAUGAAGUCUUCUCCCAUUAUCAGUCACUUCUCAAUUCGGAGAACUAUGUGACAAGAAGGCAAGCUCUAAAGGUGAGUGGGGUAUUUCUUUAGUUAGCUUCUGAUACCAGGAACAGUUAAUAAGAGUUGUACUGUGCAGAGGUUUCCCAACCUUUAUGAAACUAUUUACAUCCUUUUAGCCACCUCCAAACUGGCCAUGUCCUCAAUCUGUUUGCAUGAAAAUUUUUCUGUAAAGAAGAAAAAAAGAUUUAAUGCUUAUAAAGUUGGCUCAUUGAAAAAGCUUUGUGUGCUUUUUUAAAAAGUAUUUUAAUCAAAUGUUUUCUUCAGUCAGCAUCCAACUUUUUUGGCUAACGUAAAGCUGGAAAAUAAUAAUAAAAAAUGCAGUAAUUUGUUAUUUGAAUUUUGAAAAUUUAAGUUACUUUUUGUUUAGAAGCCAUCAGGCCAAACAGCACAUAGCCGCUUGAUAUGAAUGAUGGUGAAGACAUGUAUAAGCCAUUAUAUAUUAACUAUAUAACUAUAUUUACUGUAAAAUUAACAAUUUGGCUUGUAAUAAUGGCUCUGAAAAGUAUGUCCAUAUCUGACUUCACUAACAUACUAAAUGGUAGGAUAGUGAAAGAGAAUGCUUGAAAGCAAAAUUAGUUCUUUUGUUUAUUUUUAUCUGGAAAUAUCUUCUACAUAUAUAUGGUUAUUUUUUUAUUAAUAUUUUGUUUAGUGGUGUUUUGAAACCCAAGUAUUUAGAUAUGGCUACUAAAUAAAAAUUAAAAACAUGAUCGUUUUCAAAUUUUUUCCCAUUGGUAGAUUAUAAAAAAUAAUGUUCUUCCCUUUUCUGAUUCUUAUAUCUCUAGAUUAAUUCACAAAAUUUUGUUGGAUUUGAAUUUAUAAUCUACCACUAACUGGUGUUUUCUCUCAUAAUUUAAAACAAAUCUAGCUAUCCAACAUAAAAGUUCAAUAUGUACUUAAGAUCUCUAAAUUCCAACCUUGGUGGGCAUUUCAGCUGCUGGGUGAGCUGUUACUGGACCGUCACAAUUUCAGCACGAUGAAUCGUUACAUCAGCAACCCUGAGAAUUUGAAAUUGAUGAUGAACAUGCUUCGUGAGAAGUCAAGGAAUAUCCAGUUUGAGGCCUUUCAUGUUUUCAAGGUUGGUUCAGACACGUUUGACUUUUAUAUUUGCAUUGUUUGAUGUUUAAUAAAUGAAGGACAGUAAUAUCAUUGUAAGCAGUUUUUGUGUAUUGGCCGGUCUAUUUAAAACUUAAGUACUCUGAUAGAAAUUUAUUUCAAUGCAAUUUAUUAUCGUCAACUUAUGUUUUCUUUUUUUUGAUACUUCACAUUCCUCAUCUGACAGUUUUACAAACCAUGAUUUAAUUAAAUGAUAAAUACUGAAUUGAAGAAUAUAACUUUUUUUUUCUCCAAAAAAUGUAACUUAUAAUAAUGAUUUUAAAACCUGUCUGGUCUCUUUUUCCUUGUUACUUUUAUUUCAUAGUCUAUAUAUAUAUAUAUAUAUACAUACAUACAUGAAUAUUUAUUUUGCCUCCAGAUAUUUGUUGCAAACCCCAACAAACCAAGGCCAAUUUUGGAUAUUUUGCUCCGCAACAAAGAGAAACUUGUGGACUUUUUGACCCGCUUCCACACAGAACGAUCCGAGGACGAACAGUUUAAUGACGAGAAGAGUUACCUCAUCAAGCAGAUCAAAGAACUAAGGGCCCCCGAAGAUGGAGAGUCUUAGCCUCAAGUCCCUUUACCGUAGGACCAGAGUUUUGUUUUUAAAAAAAAGCUUUCUUUCACUUUAUGUUGGUUAGUUGUUUUUUUAAUUGAGGAUGAAUAUUUUAUUUCAACAACAUAACAAAAUGUCAUCAAAGUUGUAAACGCAAUUAAAACAAUUUAUCUUGGCAUGCUUUUAAUGGAUUGUAAAGUAAGGGGGGACUUAACUAAGGCUGAAAAUUUCCAUCAGAUAAUUUUUUAAUUUAUGAAUACGAGAAUCAUAUGAUAAAAAUAUUGUCAGGAUAUAUGCCAUAGUAUUUACCCAGAUGUGACAAAGUUUGACAGAAGUCUUGAUAGGACUUUUUUUGUGUUGUUGGAUAUUGCAGUGUUCAGUUCAAUUGAAAGCCCUAGCAAACAAAAAAUGUGUAGCUGACUUAUUAUCAAUAACUGUGAAAUGUUGCUUGUUCCAUAGUAUAUUGUUCUAAAAUGAAAUGUAUUGUUUUUGACAAUAAAUCGAUGACCUGUCGUGCUAAUGAUAAACAUCUAUAGCUAAGCCAGGAGGCUCAGUUUACUGAAAUUGAUGGGGAAUGAGGCAGGUUGUUCAAAUUGAAAUGUGAACACACAAAAAUAUCUUUGGCAUUUUAACGACAAGAUGUUGUAAAGCAAGAUAAAUUAAAGGAAAAAAAACACAACUAAAGGUUAUAAUUACCCCCUUUUAUGUAUAGCUUGAGGAUAAAGGUUUUAAGAGUUAUCUUUUUGAAAGGUAGGCUAUUUCAAGAAAUGUAAAUGAAAAAUGUAACAAUAGUUGAUAUUACUUUAAAUGUUGCAUUCCUGCAUUGAAAAUAUCAGUCAUCUAAAAAAAAAAAUUUUGCCUGCCAACUUUCAACUUUCUAGAUAUGGGGAAGUUUGUUUAAAGUGGCAUUUAAAAAUUUGAAACAGACGAGAGUCGUGUCAAGUACAAUAUAAAGGAGCUAAAGAAAAGUUUAUGUGUGUCUCAGCGAAGAGAUCCAUCAUGUCAUUGUAUGAUCCUGACAGUGUGAAUCAGGUGUCUCGUCAAACUUUAAAACAGGCCAAACCUUAAACUAUGAAUACUCAAUGAAAAAGAAAAAAUGUCCAGUCCAAAGCUGGGGACUAAAACAGUAUAACUAAUAAAAUUGAUGGCUUUGAUGAAUAUGUUAAAGCUACAGUUUUUGUUCUGGCUAUGCAAAGUGUGCCAAUUAUUGUGUGCUUUGUUUUAUUUACUCAGAAAAAAAAACAACAGAUCAUUAACCUAGAAUCUUUCUGCUUUGUAUAUUGUUUGAAACUGCAAGUGUGAAAAUUCCUAGUCAAGAUUUAGCCUGCUUAUUUUAAACAUUAGCUUCUCACCAUCUGGUGGUUUCCCUUUUGAGGUUAUGCCCAUCCAUCAAAUUGUUAGUUAAAUAAAAGAGGACAGGUGUGCUGUAAAUUGAAGCUCCUAAGUGAAGGAAAGGUUUCUUCUGGUCUGCCUAUUUGUUAAUGACAACUUGACAAUAGCAUCUUUCUACACUGACAUUGAAAUACUAAUAUUUCAUUGCACACACACAAUAGUUUGAAAUGUGUGCUUACAGCUGAUGGUUGGAAGUAUGAUCAGGAUGUUGUACGGUGACAAGGCCUAGUAUCCAAAAACUUCUUCCAGUCAGCUGUCUUGGUUUCACCGGUUGACCCCCCUUUCUUAAUUAAUUUAAUGUUACUCAAAUAAAUUCAGAGGUCUAUAUCUUCCAGAUGUUUUUUUGAAUUCUUAUUCAAAUUAGUUUCAAUUUAGUUUCACGUUGGUAUUGCUGAAGAGCUUUUUUGUCAUUAUCUAUCAAAACUGUUGGUGCUAAGUAAUAACUGAGAAUAAUUUUUUUCUUUUCUUUUUCAAUCAAAUAGAAAUAUUUUUUAAUUCAUUUUAUUAGGAUGAUUGGAAAUGUGCAAAAGAAAAUUGCUCUAAGACCUUAGCCACAAUGUGAAUUCUGUAACAGUUCAAUUAAAAUUUGUAGUUUGAACAUCACACUGACAUGCAAUGUAUAAUUAGUCAUCUCUGGUUCAUGUAACAUGUGACGCAGGAGUCAUUAUGAUAACUGACGGGUCAUUAGGAUAUCAAAAUCAUUCCUAUUUAGACGGUUUCCAUUAUUGCCUGCUUUGCUGUUUAGAAAGAAACCAGCUGCUUAAGUUGUUGAACUUUAUUGAUGUCACCCUUGAUUCUAUCAAUCAAAUUAAUUUUAAUGGUGUCAAUAUUAUUUUCCAAUCUGUCCAUUAUUAAAUAAACUAUAAAAUAUGACAAUGGAAAUGUUGAGCAGGUAACUGGAAGUUGUGUGGGGGUUAUUUAUGUUUAGUUACUGCUGAGUAAAAUGCUGAAUUUAAAUUUUAAAAAAAAAAAGAAGAGGAAUCACAUCUUAGUAAUGCAACUGCAGUUUGAAUCCUUUCUUUGUAUACUCCACUUUUUUAAAACAGUGAAGUCAUUCCUGGAGCGUGUUCUACUUUCUUUGCCACUCACGAAACUUGUACUGUCGGGCGUGCGCCCCCCCCCCCUCCCCCCAUUCUUUCCCCUUGGAAUUUUAUGAGCCUAUUAAUAAUUUGUCUGGCAUAUUUUUUUGCUAUAAUGUUAGUCCAACUGAUUCAAGACAUAAGUUUCCACAUUGUAUUGCAGACAUACCAGUAUGGAAGUUUCAAAAUGCUGUAAAUAGUUUGUUUUUAAAAAUGAAUUUCUACCAAAGUCUCCAUUCUGGCAGUAAACGGGAGCCUCACUUUGGCAAAUUUAAUUCUUGUCACGGGUUAAAGAGAUAAUGCAACUUGUAAAUCUCAUGAGUUUUGUUUCUGUUGUGUAAAAAUCAGUCAGAACUGUUGCCAUCCUUAUUUUUGUCUUAGAACAGGGUAUUGUCAGUAACAGGGAUUUUCUUUCAGUCAUCUUUCAAGAGAUGUUCCCAUUUCUAUGAAACAAAACUAAGGUGAAAAGAACAUUUAAACAAAAAAAAAAUUUUGAUAUGCUCGAUAAUGUGAGAAUGUAAGCUGAUGACUGACUAAGCUCAGAAGACGACUAAGUUUGCCUAUCAGCCCAGCAUUACUAACAACGUAUGCUAGCAGUUACUUGAUGAAUUUUAACUCCAUGAAUAUAUGUAUAUGAAAAUUGUGCUUUUAAAACAUUCUAUUCUAUUUUCUUCUGACAAAUUUGGUUGAAUAUUUGCCGCUAUUGCCAUUAUUUAUGGAAUUUUGAUGAAGAAAUCAUGAUACAUAAAGAAGAAACAAAUAUAACUUUCAAAUUCUUUGUAUUGUUCUAAUUUUUUGUUGUUGUUGCAAAGGCAUACAGCCCUAAUGAGACAAGAUGGUGUGAAGACAAAUGUUCAGUUUAUGACACAUCUUAACUUGCAAGGAUACUAACUAUUAUGUCAACACAUAGUGAGAAUAACACUCAUUUAAAAAUAUCCAUAAGGUAAAAUGCUAGUGUUAGUUGAUUGAACAAAUUAAUUAAAUGAAAUACAGAAUUUAUUAACAAACAGACUAUUUGAAAAAAGAAGGAGAAAAAAGGCAACAGGCUUUUGAUUUCAUAUAUUUGGAUUAUUGGCUCACAGGCAAAUCUUAAGCAAUUUUUUUUCAAAUUAUAAUGCAAAAUCUUGGUUAAAUGUUUUCACACAAGUCUUAUUAGUGUAAUUAUUACAAGGCAUUGCUACACAAUUAUGUAAAUAGAAGAGGUCAACCAAUUUUUUGUGUUUUUUUUUUUGUAAAGGAUUAUAUUUCCAGUAUGUUUUCUUUUACUUUUAGCCCUUUCCAUAAAAAGCAUGUCAAAAAUGUACUUAGUUAUUCCAAAACACAUGCUGUAUUUAUCAUUUCAUCACCAUGAAAGCAUGUCUUUGUCCUGUAACCUAGAGGGUAACCCACCAGCAGCUCUCCUGGGUUAACUCAUUUGCUAUUUAUUCUAUCCAUUUUCUCUCAUUUAGUUGCAUUCAUUUUAGCUAUAGUAUUAUAUACAUAUUUAUAUUUUUUAAACAUUUUUGGAGAUAACUUAAGCAAACUGUAAGAUAGAAAUUGAUUUACUCAUGCAUUUGUUGAAUACCUGUGGAAUGCCACCAUAAAAAACUCUCCUACAUCUGCCAAAGUAAAUUAUAAAUAAUCAUAUGACAUCAAUAAUUUAAUUCUAAAACAUCGCAAACAUUUUGAGAAUGUUGCAAACAAUGCAUAUAGCAAAAUUUUGAUUUUCAAAAAAGCAAAUUUUCCAUAAAUAAUGUUUACCCUGGGUUGUGUAACGGUCCAAAAGUAAACAUGUUGAAGUGAAGUUUAUCACACCAAUUUGAGGAACAACAAUAAUUCCUUUUUAAAUUCUCUACAGCAAUAUUUUAUUUCACACAAUAAUUUUGUAUGCAAGCAGCAGUGGAUGAAUAUUUCUUUUGGUGGCGGCAUUGCACCUUUUACAAGUACAUGUAUCAUGCUGAGAUCAGUUAAGGAAAUAACGGCAGAACAUUAGCGGUCAACGAUUUCAGAGUUUUUAAGUUGUAGAACUAGUAAAGUGAAAUACUUGGUGGGUAUCAUUUUUGUCUACUAUGGGAAUCCCAACAAUCCUUUACAGCUUUGUACCUUUUACACCUAAACUGUCAUAUUUUCCUAAAAAAAUUUUGUAAAGUUUUUUUUUUUUCCCCCUUAAAAUCUUUUUCAAAGAGAAUAUUUUGUGCUGAUGAAAACAGGAAUUGUUGAUAUUUCAACCUCAAUAUCUUGUCCGUGAAUUUAAACAAUGUUACCAUAGUGCUGAUUGAUCAACUUUUUUUUUUUUGUAUUGCAACCAAAAUUUAAAAAAAAAAAAAUCGGAAGGAAUUUUAAAUUGUUAAAUGUCUUAUCUUUAUUUGCUCGUCUUUACCUAAGCCAGUUGAAAUGUCCACAGAGAUUGAUUAAACCUAUUGCUCAUUACUAAGCUUUAUCAAACUACUCCAUGGUAUAUUUUAUAUACAUAUAUAUUUUAUAUCUAUAAAUUAUGUGAUCACCAUAAUAAUAUAGUCCAUGUUUGCAUGGGUUUUUUUUUUUUUUUGAUAGAGGAAACUGAUGGGUUUGUUUGUUCCUUUAAUCAAAUGUUUGUGAUUCUGUUUUUUUUUUUUUUUUCUAUGAAAGAGGGAAAAAAAAAUCUCGUGAACCAACUCCUUCAUACGAAAAUUUAAACAGACGAGACGCCAUGUUUAUUCCGUGAAUAAUUAAAAUAAUCUUUAAUCAUAUCCAAUGUGUAUCUUUGUUGAUAAUUUAUGAUGUUUACCCAUAUAUAAUUUUAAUUUUCUUUUUUAAAGCAUAAAAAUAGCAAAGUGUGUACCUGUUGUUUCCCUCUGAGGUUACAUGGAACUAAAGGAAAGACAAGCCAUCCAGCUAAAUUAAUUCUUUAUUCUAAACCGUCCCAUUUUAGGUUUCUUUCUAAUAAUUCAAUAAAGUGUGGUUAUUUUUAAAACAAAGAUUGUUUUAUCUGCAUCCUAAUGAUCCAUUUCCGCAUUUAAAACAAAAAUGUCGUUCCAGCAAUAAUUGAAUUUUGAUAUAUCAAGUAGUUUUCAAUGUUUGUUAUAUUGCUUUACCAAUUACAGAUUUUGAGGGAUAAAAAAAAUAAUAUAUAUCAUACCCUCUGUUUAAAUUAGAAGGAUAAAAGUUUUGUUCUUCUUUUUAAUUGCAUUUAGAUUUUGAUUUCGUGAGUUAAAUGAAAGCAAUAUGGAAUUAUUAUUUUUUAACUUUAAUUUCUCAGUAAUUUUUUAAUGAUUUUUUAAAUUUUAAAAUAGCAAACUAUUAAAUUAACAUCUCCUUUAGUAGUUUUUGCAGAAAAAGCUGAAUUGUGAGUUCAAUAGUUCUUUAUGAGUUUUGUGGCAUUUUCAUAUUCCGAAAUGAAUAUCCCACCAAAAAAUUUAAAAAAAAAAAAAUGGCUUUGUGUACAGCUGCUUGGAACAUUGUUGCUGUUUUUGUUGAUUUUCUAUUUUAAAAAAUUAAGAUCAUUUCCACUCCCGAAAUUGUUUUGCAACAUUAAUGCUAUAAACAUGCUUGAUCCAUCCCUAAAAUACACUCGUUUACUCUCUUUACAAAAAACAUUCUGCCUACAUUAUUUGACUAACAUUAAAAAAAUAGAGUUGAUGCCACCAGGCCCCAUGUAGGAUUU